CAAUCCUCAUAGCCAAAUAAAUAAGAAAAUAUGCCAACCAUGGAAAAGGAAAUUGAAGUAGAAAGAAAUUACAUAGAAUUGAGUUCAACGAGCACAUGGUCUCAAAGCGGAGACGCCUAUACUCUCCUCAUCGACCUCCCAGAUUUUCAGAAAGAGCAAAUACGCAUUUCCAUAGAUGACCCUAGCAAUACUUUAAGCAUAACAUGUGAGCGACCUAUUCCCGGUGACCCAUGGUGGCGUUUCACCGGAGAUUUCCCUGUGCCGGAGGAGUGUGACAUUAAUGGAAUGAAGGCUAACUAUGAGAAUGGAGUUCUUUGUUUGAUCUUUCCAAAAGUCAUCCAUGAAGAAGAAGAUGAAGGUCAAGAAGAUAGUGAAGUGGAGAUCAUGAAGAAGAGCAAGCAUGAAGUUGGUAAGAAAGUUCAAGUUAUUAUGGGGAUGAAUAACAGCACUAGACAAUUGAUUUUAAAUGUGUUUGCUGCUCUCUUAGUCUUGGUGGUGCUUUGGAUGUCUCUAAGUCAUAAGAUGAGGAAUAAUAAUAAUUUGGAAGUAGCUGAAGAGUAGGGUUUAUGUGAUGCCAUGUUUCAAGGAUAACUAAAAGAAAGAAAGGAAGAAAUUAAGAAAGAAAGAAAGAAAGAGAUAAAUGAGGGAAAAGAUAACAUAUAUAUCAUGUAUAAAUAUGUAUAUUGUUGUGAAAUGUUGAGAUUAUAUUUGAAGUAUUGAGAAAAAAAUUCAUAUUAAUAAAGUCUAUGGUUUCAAGA